AGAUAGUAGUAGUAGUAGUAGUAGAAGAAGACGAGAUGGCCAUGGAAGCUCUGAAUUCCCCAAGAACAGCAACACCUUCGUUCCACUAUGACGACAUGGAUCUUCACUGCCUUGAGCCAUGGGCAAAGCGUAAGCGCUCUAAGCGUCCACGUCUCGACAUCAACCCAUCUUCGGAAGAGGAAUACCUUGCCCUCUGCCUCGUCAUGCUCGCUCGUGGUGGAUCAACUGGAACCGACUCUGUACCCAGCACCGCCGAUGAUAAGCUCCACCUUCGCAACCCUUCCUCUUCUUCGUCUCCUCCUCCACCGCUUCAGCUUCAAGAACCCCCAACUUUAAAGCUGAAUUACAAGUGUACUGUCUGCAACAAAGCCUUUCCUUCCUACCAAGCCCUUGGAGGACACAAAGCCAGCCAUCGCAAACAUACCGGCACCGAAGACCAUGCUUCCUCCUCUUCUGCCACCACGACCUCUACCACCGCCCCUGCUAAACCAAAUCCAGGUAGCGUUGGUGGGAGCAAGACCCAUGAGUGCUCUAUCUGCCAUAAAACCUUCCCGACUGGACAGGCCUUGGGUGGACACAAACGCUGCCACUACGAUGGCGGUAACAGUGCUGUGACUUCGUCUUCGGAUGGCCCAGCUGCUUCCAGCCAGAGCCACCGUGAUUUCGACCUCAACUUGCCAGCUUUGCCCGAACCUUUGCCCCUGUUUAGUGCUUUCGGUGGGCGGAAAUUCCAGAAUUCUGUUGAUGACGAGGUUGAGAGUCCUCUCCCUGAGAAGAAACCUCGCCUCUUCGUUCUGGACAACGUCCCUCCUCCUCAAGAUCAAGCAGAAUUGAAUUGAUAUUAUCAGAGAUUGUUUAGCUCUGUAGUUGUUGUUUUUUUUUUGUUUUUUUUAGUUUUAGUUUUCGAUUGUUUCUGUACAGAGAAUCUUUCAUUCAUUCUUUGUGAACCCUUUAUGAAAUUUAAAUUUGAUUAAUUAUUUUUCCAAUCCAAUUUGGGUUUUUAUUUAAUUCUCUAUUUCUC